AUGAAGCUUAGCCCCAAGACUUCCGAUCGUUUUCGCACUCGAUUCUCCUCAAUUGCCAGCCGGCUGGCCGAUCAUCUCUCUCCCCUCCGCCCCUACCUCCCCCCAAUCAACUUCAUAACCCUCCACUACGCCUACUUCAUCUUCCUCUCUCUUUUCUUGUCUCUCAUCUUUUACGCCGCCCAUUCUCCCACCCCCUCCAAAAGCUCCAAUGAGGACAUUGCCAGGCGUCGAAUAUCCUACCUCGACGCCCUCUUCCACACUGUCUCCUCCCUAACCGGCACCGGUCUCAACACCGUGCCACUCUGUGACAUGUCCGUUGGUCAACAAGUCGUACUCUUUUUGGCCAUGUUGGCGGGGCAUCCGGUGCUGGUUAGUUUGGGAGCAGUAUGGUUUCGGAAGGAUGUUUUUGAAAAGAAGUUUAGGGAGAUUGUGCAAAGGGAGAGGGAGCGCAAAGAGAAGAUGGAAGGAGGAAGAUUGGGGAAAGCGCUUGUGAGAAGGGUAACGUUUAAUUUGGCGUUGACGUUGACGAGGGAGAGGAGCAGGGAUGGGGAUGGGGAUAGGGGGGGUUUGGCAGGGUUGGGAACGAGGAUAAAGGAGAGGAGGGAGGGGGAGAGGAUGAGCCCAACCCCAACCCCAAAUUCGAGCUCGAAUCAGACUAGGGAAAGGGAUCGAGAUCGAGAAAGAGACCUCGAACCCGGCCUGCCCCCAAUCCACGAACAGCAAGACCCAAACCCAAACACCUCCUCCCUCCUCUCCCCCCAGCCCCAAUUUCUCUUCCCCAGUCCCCCAUCCCAUAGCCCCGCCUCCCGCAGCAUCCAAUUCAUUGAACCGCCCCGUCCAGACCGACCCUCCCCUUCCCUCUCCCCAUCCCCCGACCCAAAUAACAACAACAACAACAACGAAUCGGGCAAUGAUACGCCCGACUUCAUAGCCCGCCUCCGCCAUUCGCAUACCCGCAACGCCUCCUUCGCGAACCUGACACUAUCGGAAAGGCAGUACCUCGGCGGGGUAGAAUACCGCGCUCUAGAGGUCCUCAUUGUGACGGUAACGGCGUACUUCAUCCUCUGGCCACUGUUUGGCGCCAUUGCCUUGGGGGCGUGGCUUUCCCGUCAUGGAGGCCAGGUCUCUGAGCAAGAGACCGGGGAAAAGAGUCCGAGUCCCAAUCCGUGGUGGGAGGGUAUCUUCUUGAGUGUGUCUGCCUUCGGGAACGGGGGGAUGGUACUCGGCCCGGAGAUGGGCUCUUUUCUGGACAGAGGGGUAGGGGGGGUGUUUGUUCUGUUGGUCGUCAGCUUGCUGACUCUAGCUGGCAGCCAGGCCUCCCCCGUCUUUCUGAGAGUUAUAUUCUUGGGGCUGUGGGGGAUUUUGAAGAGAGUGGUGGCAGAUGAGGGGGGUUAUGCUGUGUGGAGGGAGACGUUUGAGUUCAUCUUGAGGUAUCCUAGACGAGUGUAUAUUAAUAUGUUUGCGGCGAGGGAUACAUGGCGGUUGGCGGGGUGGUUGGCUGCGUUUUUGGCUGUGGAUUGGGUGUUGUUUUGGCUGUUGAAUAUUGGGAAUGGGGAGGUGGAGGGGAUGCCCAGGGGGAAAAGGGUGUUGGGGGGGUUGGCGCAGAGUAUAUCCAACCUCUCCGGAGGCUUCGCCAUCAUCCCUGUUUCCGCCGUUUCCUUCUCUCUGCAAGUGUUCUGGCUGAUCAAGAUCUAUGCCUCGGCCUACCCGACCUCCAUCACCGUGCGCGGGUCCAACGUCUAUGAAGAACGUUCCCUCGGCAUAUACAUGGGCGAUGAGCCCCCUGACUCCGACGACAGCGGUUCCGACAACGAGAAGCGUCCUGCCAAAGCCAAACCCCUACCUGAGUCUGAACCAGAACCAGAAGGCACAACGACGGGCCUCAUGAUCCCCUCCCUCCCUCGCCCCCCCUUGACUCCAGUGUCGACUACAUCCCAAGUCUCCCGCCUCAGUACAGCCUCUCGCCGCGGGCUAACCAAACUCGUUGGCAUCACCCGCCAGGGCACAGCCUUCAUGGGACGGCAAAUCCAGCGGCGCAUGACGACAGGUUUCCAAGGCGUCGGUGUAUCUGCCUCUGCUGCCCUCCCCAUCCCACAGAAAUCCACACUGCCGACGUUCAACACCCCAGCCACCUCUACCAGCAGCAAGACGACGACCGCCCCAACACCCGCCCCCAAACCCGAUCUCACAACCCAUCAUGCAAGAAGCCAGUUAUCCCACGACAUCCCCCUCCUAGCCCUCUCUUUCUUGUUACUCGUCCUCAUCGAAACCCCGCACAUCUCCUCCUCACCCCUGAUCUACUCCCUCUGGAACAUCCUCUUCGAGCUCGUCUCUGCCUACGCAAACAACGGGAUCACGGUCGGCUUCCCGGGAAGAGACUACUCCUUUUGUGGGGGGUGGAGGAAGCUGAGCAAGCUGCUUUUAGUCGGAGUUAUGUUGCGAGGGAGACAUAGGGACUUGCCGGUUGCGCUGGAUCGGGCGGUUAAGUUGCCGAGGGAGGGGGAUUGGGAUGGAGAGGAGGAAGAGGAUGGAGAGAUUAGGAAGAUCAUAAGUAGAAGUCCGGCGGUGGGAAGGAGUCCUAUGUUGGGAAGGUUAAACGGAUUGUAA